AUGCUCCCUGAGGAUUCUAUCCCGACUCCUAGUUGGGGUCACCCUUCGACUCAAAAUACAACGGUGAACAAUGAAAAGGAUGAAAACUUAGUUGCGAGAGAGGCAGCUCAACAACAGGAUGCACGGUUAACAAUUGAAGCAUCCCUUAGAGUUGCUGAUGAAACAGUCGACGAGGAUCGAAGGCUCAAUCUCAACCAAACCAUGGUCGAAGAUGAAUUUGAAAAUGCAGCUCCCAGACCUGGGAGGUCUCUAGGAGAUUAUGCCAGACCAGUGUACAACCAUCAACAAUCUAGUGUGAGGCCCCCACCCAUUGAUGCCAACAAUUUUGAACUCAAGAGAUUGCUGAAUAGUGUGGUUGCAAGCCCUCUGAUGAAGAAAACUCCAGAAGAGAUUGUCACACUUCUGAAUGAACUAUCUGAAGACGCAGAACAAUGGUCCACUGACCAAGGGGAUCGAAAAACAUCAACAUGGGUGCACCAAGUAGAAUCGUCAGUAGCAAUGCAAGGCCAAAUUGCAUCUAUGGCUAAGGACAUCAAGCAACUGACGAUGGAUCAGCUUGAACUCAUGGUAGCAGCAAAAUCCCACAGCACCAGUGCAAGGACCUCCCAGUUUCCAGAAUCAACAGAGGCAACUAUACCAGCCUCCACAGCCCAACAACUCAAGUUAGAAGAUCUAAUGAAGGAAUUCAUAAAUAAAUCAGAUGAUAAACUUGAGACUCAAGGAACAACUAUCCGGGAGCAAGGCACAACCAUCAAAAAUCUAGAAAGACAAAUGGGACAACUCAAGUCAUUGUUAUCAGAAAAGGCUCCAUGGACUUUGCCGGCAGACAGUGAGAAGAAUCCAAAAGAGACGAUCAUGGCAGUGUCUCUCAGGAGUGGGAAAACAUUAGCAGAGCCCAUUGAAAAACCAAGGGCUGAGAAGGAGAUCAACUCAACCAAGAGGGCAGAAGAACAUAAAAUUGGUGAUUUUUUUCCUAAGGAGGAUAUUAGCAGCAAAGAGGUUGAUAAGCAGAAAUUAAGCAGUGCAAUUGAUGAAAGCAAACACAUGCUAGUGUUACUCUUUCCUCAAAAGAUAAAGUGGGAGAAACUCGAUAAAUGCUUUGGGAAAUUCUUAGAGAUGCUGAAACAGCUAUAUGUGAACAUCCCAUUCACCGAGGUGCUAACCCAAAUGCCAACUUAUGCAAAGUUCCUGAAGGAAAUACUUUCAAGUAAAAAGAAGCUCGAGCAAACAAAAGUGGUCAAACUCAAUGCACAUUGCAGUGCCAUUCUACAAAAUAAAAUUCCUCAAAAGUGUGGGGAUCCUGGCAGUUUCACUAUACCCUGCUCAUUGGGGAGCAACAUUUUUGACAAGGCCUUGUGUCACUCAGGUGCAUCCAUUAACUUGAUGCCAUUAUUUGUGUUCAAGAAAUUUGAAGGAGAACUAGGAGUGAUCAAGUCUGUGCCGGUAUCGUUGCAACUGGCUGAUCAGACCACGAUCAUACCGGAGGGCAUAAUCAAGGACAUUCUAGUGAGGGUGGAAAAAUUUGCCUUCCCAGCAGUCUUUAUUGUAGUAGACAUAGAAGUGAUUAAGGAGAUACCUCUAAUCCUAGGGAGACCAUUCUUUUGCACUGGCCGAGCUAUUCUUGAUAUAUAUGAGGAUUAA